UCCUCAUUCUUCAUUACGUUGCUUCCCCCCCCACGCCCGGCCGAAUAUCUCUGUCCGUCCCGUCAACCACCAAUCCUGCCUCGCUUCUGGUCGCACGUCCCCCACGAAUUGUCUUCUAGACCCAACCCCUGUCCUCCAACAUUCCUCCGUGCCUCCUACCCUGCACCCCCCCAAGCUUCCAGCUUAGUCUUCCAGGCCUACCCGUCGUGUUCCAGCCCGAAACCUCGUCCUCCAGCUCACCCCUUGCCCUUGCAGCCCCACCCUCUGGUCCUGUACUUGUCCAUCUCCGCUUCCGGACCCUCCCUUUCCUCUUGGUCCCGCCCCCUUGUCGCCCAAAACUGCCCCGCCCCACUUGGAACUCCAGUCCCGCCCCCUUCACACUAACCCCGACAACGUUAUCCUCCAGGCCCCGCCUCCUUUCCCCGGUUUUGUUCCCCCUUCGUCCUCUAUUUCCGCCCCUAUUGCCCCCUGGUCCUCUAGCCCCGCCCCCUCGGUGAUUGACAGGGUAAUGGCGGCGCCGCGGCGCUGGUGAGAAGCGGGAGACUGGGAGAUUUGAGCCGCUGUCCGCCCGUCAAACCCCGGCCCCGGGAUGUCGGCCACGGCUCGCCGCAAGCAGGAGGAGAAGCACCUGAAGCUGGUGCGGGAGUUAGGAUCGCGGCCCCACAACCGGCAGUGCUUCGAGUGUGAGCAGCGGGGUCCGACCUACAUCGACAUCACGGUGGGCAGCUUCGUGUGUACGUCCUGCUCUGGCAUCCUGAGAGGCCUCAAUCCACCUCACCGAGUCAAGUCCAUCUCCAUGACAACCUUCACUGAACAGGAAAUUGAAUUCCUUCAAUCGCAUGGCAAUGAGGUAUGUAGGCAGAUUUGGCUGGGCCUGUUUGAUUCCCGAUCAUCAGUUAUCCCAGAUUACAGGGAUCCACAAAAAAUCAAGGAGUUCCUACAGGAUAAAUACGAGAAAAAGAGGUGGUAUGUUCCUCCAGAGCGGGUAAAAGUAUCUGCUGCCACAUCAGCUACAACAUCGCUUAGCAGCAGAAGUAGCACACCCGACGUCAAACCACUGAAGACCCUCAUGGGAGAUUCAACUCCAGCCCUGAACAUCUCAAAAAGUGCUGGGCAGGUGGCCAACCAGGAAUUGAUACAGCAACAGAAUCAACAGCCAGUGAAGAAAUCACAGCUGGAUCUUUUGGCAGAUAUUGGAGGUGAUCCUUUUGCUUCCCCCGUACCCCAGCACACUGCUGCACAGGCCUUUGCGGCCUUCCCUGCUUUUGGAGCUCAGCAGACUGCACACCCAGGUUUCCCAGGCUUCAGCCCGUUUAGCAGCGGAGGUUCAGCUAAUGUUGGAAAUUUCCCACCAGCCAACCAAGCCUCUUUCCAGGUCCAGUCGGCAACCUCAGGUGGUUCGAGCAGCGCUAACUUUGCAAACUUUGAUACCUUCCCAAAAUCUUCCAGCACUAGUUUCGGAUCCUUCACUAGCUCUCAGGCCACAUCCGUGCCCGCAAGUUCGACAGCCGCCGCCUCCACUAAACAGGCCGCCUCGCAAGUCGACAAAUAUGCAGCGCUCGCCGAUUUAGAAAGCAUCUUUAAUGCCCCUAAGUCCUCUGCAGCAGCAGGUGGCCAGAUGUCCGGCUUCAGCUUCACCUCAGCAACGAGCAGCCAACCCACAGUCUCUUCGAGCCAGUAUACAGGAGCUGAGUACAGCAGCGUAUUUAAUAUGGGAGUGCCUUCAAAUAAUGCCGGUGCAGGCACUAGCAGCAUUUCUGGGACAAUGAGUGGGAGCCAAGUGCCUACGCAGCAAGCUGGGACCACGAAUGCAUCAAGCUUUGGAGCUUUCAGUAAUCCAUUUGCUGCUCCUACUGCCACGCCGCAAGCUGCUUCUACCAACCCCUUCCAGACCAACGGAAUGGCACCAGCUCCAAUGUACAGUGGAGUACCGGCAGGAUAUGGAGCUGCCUCCGCCCCAGGGGGAUUUGCAGGAUUCCCACAGCAUCCCUUCUCGCAGCAGCAACCACAGCAGCAGCAUGUCUUCACUCAGCAACAGGCCUUUGCACAGCAGCAAGGUUACAACCAACAACAACAGCAGCAGCAGCAGCAACAGGCUUUUGCCCAGCAGCAGUCAUUCCUGCAGCUGCAAAGUUUUGCUCAGCAACAAAAUGGUGCUGGGUUUGGUGCCUUUGGGCAGUCGAAAGCAAUGCCGCGAAUGAUGGGUCCAUUGAUACAAGGAGGUGGAGUGCCCAGCAACCCAUUUAUGACUGGAACCCCGCCUGGACAGUUUGCAGCAGGAGGCACAUCUACCAACCCCUUCUUAUAGUGACCUGCAAUACUUCCAGCAUGUGGCUCUUCCAAAAAAAAUUCGCCUUAAACCACAGGAGUCGACCAACAGCUGUAACAUACUUAAUGCCAGUACACACAUUUCUAUACUUCAGGGGAGGGAGGGAGUGGGGUGGGGCCACUGAGGCACUGCAAUAUUGUAAUUCUUGUGUCUAUUAGCAACCAAAUAACAAUGCAAGCUAUAUUGUGGUAAGGAUGGGUGGGAUACUCUGGGCACAGCUUGGGGAAUACAGGGGAGGGGGUCAUGGAGGAAACUCAACAUUUAAAAGUGCUUGAAUCUCAUUCAAUACAGUGGUCUUUGGGGCUGGGAUUUUGUGAGGGGUGGGUGGGAAGUAGAAAGUGGAGGGUAGAUCUCGAGAUGAGGGAAUCAUUCGAUUCAGCUGAAAGCCAUGUAGUCUAAACUCUUUCAGGUAAGUUGGUGAGUAGGGAGGUCAAGACUUUUGUGCUGAUGGGGUUUAUACUGGGGGAGCCUUCACGCUGGGUGUAUAAUCCUCAUAUUUUGCAUAUAACUCAGUGUAUUAGUUCCAGAGGGGUUUUGGGAAGUGCGGGAGGGAUGGAAGAAAGUGGAUAUUCGCUGCCCCCGCAGUACAGUUUCAAACAACCUUAAGGGCACAGACUAGCAUGUGGGAAAUUUAUUGGGGAAAAUGGGAUAGACUUAGCAAGGUGGGGUGGUCAGCAUUGAAAUAGGCAGAUGCCAGAUCACUGAGGGGUUGUACCCUCUCCCGUUCGAUUCUGUUUGUGUCUGACUUCAAGAGCAGUUUCAAGAGUGUGCUGCCGUAGGGCUGGUGGAGAGCGGUGUGGAUCCUCUUGGCGUUUGUAGAACCUUUGGACAUGGACCUUUUUUUAGAGUGACGAUGUUUUUAAUUUCUGACUGCCAUUGAACCCAGCCCAUGAGGAUGAGGAGGGAGCUUGUGACGAGCGCAGAGCUGCGGGGAGAAUCUGUUGUCUACAUGUUGCCGGAGGCUAUCACUGUCACAAACGCUCCACCAUCUGCACAGGCUGUGACGAUUGUUGUUCACCAAGGGAACAGAUUACUGAACUCCUUAUUUUAAAAUUCAAAGCGUGUACCAAUUUAGCUUUCAGCCCGGAAUUGCGCACAACCUCUCCUCAUUUUGUCCUUCCCAACUUGCCACAUCCUCCUGCUCCGCCCCACUUUGCAGUGCUUUAUAAGGCCCACUUGCAGUCCUCCCCACUUUCUUGCAACGGACCUUCUCCUCCACCCGAUCGAUUUUUUGCUUUUUCCGUCUUGGAAGAUGCCUUUCCAUUCCAAAGACUGCUGUAGAAUAAAACAAACUUGGUGAUGAUCGAAUCCGGAGUUAGCCCAUCCCCUUGUUGCUGUUUGAUGAGCUGCUCUGUUGGUAUCUCGGGCUUGUUUCUGUGUCUUUUAAUUUUUUAAAACUGUUACACCAAUUCUGCUGCGUUCUACCGUUCAUUCAAAAUAUAUAUUUUGUUCAUCUAUCAA